CGAAUGCCCCGCCCACUUCAGCACACCUGCUUACAACAAACAUGGCUGCCACACGAGUUUUGGGCAACUUGAGCGCCGAAACCGCCGCUUUCUUCCUCUGCGACAUGCAGGAGCGAUUCCGACCGGCCAUCAAAUUCUUUCCGGAGAUCCUUCAAAUCGGACAGAGGCUCGUGGAGGCCAGCAAAAUCCUGGACAUCCCGCUAAUCGUAACGGAACAGUACCCAAAAGGGCUGGGCAGUACCGUAGCGGAGUUGGACGUUAGCAGUGCAAAGGUCGUGGUCCCGAAGACGAAGUUUUCCAUGGUGGUGCCGGAGGUGGAGGAGGUACUGAAGUCCAUGGCGGGGCUGCGGAGCGUGGUGCUGUUCGGGAUCGAGGCGCACGUGUGUGUGCAGCAGACGGCGCUGGACCUGCUGGCGCGGGGCCUGGAGGUGCACGUCAUAGCGGACGCCACUUCGUCCAGAAGUCAGAUGGACAGAGUGUACGCCUUCGACCGUCUGCGGCAGGCGGGCGCGGUCCUCACCACCUCAGAGAGCACCUUGCUGCAGCUGGUCGGCAAUAAGAACCACCCCAAGUUCAAGGAGAUUCAGGGACUUAUCAAAGUUAGUGCACCUGACUCAGGACUGGUGCCCAAGAUGUGAACUUGUUUCACCUGGUGCUGAUCAGCUCUAGCCUGGGUACC